AAAAAAAACAAAAAGUUUCAAAUUCUGCAAUCAAAAGAGAGAAAAGAUGUGUUGCAACUCCAAUGGCGUAAUCCCUACAAGCGAACCUCGCUUUCCCCUUUUCUCAACCCACCCACCAACAAUUUCUCCAAAUCCUCGUCUAUUUUUCCUUAACAAUCCUUCGAAUCAUGGAGUUUUGAGGACAAAAUUCGUUUCAUACAAAGCUAAAUCGAACCUAAACGAUGUCGUUUCUUGUACCGACACCGGUAAGAGCUUUUACGAUCUUCUGGGUAUACCGGAAAAUGGAUCUUUGUUGGAAAUCAAGCAAGCGUACAAGCAAUUAGUAAGGAAGUAUCACCCGGAUGUUUCACCUCCAGAUCGGGUUGAGGAGUAUACACAGAGGUUUAUUAGGGUUCAGGAAGCUUAUGAAACGUUAUCGGAUCCUGGAAUGAGAGCGUUGUAUGAUAUAGAUAUGGCUAAAGGACUUCACUUUGGUUUCUCUGCUCGUUCACAUGAGGCGAUGGAGGAGAGAGGUGAGUGGAAAAACCGUUGGCAGUCUCAGCUAUCAGAGCUCAAGAGACGAAGAACGUACAAGGAAUCCAGUAACAGUAUGUCUUGGGGAGCACGGAUGCGUAAGCAAAGGGAUGAUGAUGCAUAAUCUUAAUCGAUAAUAACUAAUACAUCUUAUUUUAUUUUGGAUAUACAGGAAUGUUUUUAGUUUUCUGCUAUUACUAACCAUAUAUGAAUCACCUUAUAGGCAGUGCAUAUUGUAUAUAAAGUAUAUGAAUCAAGAAUAUCAUUUCCAGUAGUACACUAGUUUCUGGUACCUUGUUACUUUCAGAAAA